AUUAGGAGUGGCUCCAUCUCUGUUAUUAGAGACGUUGUGAUGUUAAAGUGAUGUUUGAUCUUUAGGAGACAUCGACAGAGAUGGAGCUUCUUCCUCUUCUGUGUCUCUGCCUCCUGACUCGCUCUGGAAUCACGUCUGCUCAACUAAACAGAGCAGCUCCAGAGCCAUCUGUCAAGAUACUUAAUCUAACAAACAACUCAGUGCUGCUGCAGUGUGAGGUUCAAGAUGCUUCUCCAGACCUUAAAGUAGAGCUGCAGGACAGUGCUGGAAACACACUUCCUGCUGAGGAGCCCCAGGUCUCAGAAAGAGGAGACAGAUACUACAUCACCCUCCAAACUACUGUGUUCAAGACCGACAACUUCAGCUGUGUCGUCACACAGGAGGAAACCAACCAACAGAUUUAUGCUCAGACCUUUGUGCAUAUCAGUGCUUCAGCGGCAGACUCCUCCGACGAAGACUCAGAAGGACAAAUGAGUCUACGAAAGGGUCUAGGCGGGAGUUUUUUAGGAAGGCUAGGUUUUCGCAAUCGAUGGAUCGGUGGUAUUUUGGUAAUUGGUUUUAUUGGCGCCACUCUAGCUAUGAUUGCAAACAAGCUUUACCUCGUACUAAAACAAUUAAAGGUAAGAUUAAAUCAUGUUUUGUAUCAACAUAUUCACAAUGCAAAGACGUUUCGACUGAUUAUUUAUAUGAAUCUCAUGUUUACAGUCUUUUAGACAGUUUUAUCUUCUCAGCUGUUGGUAUUUACACCAGGGUUUGGGUUUUAUUGAAUAUAACUUAUAUACUGUAUAUUUUCUUCCUGCAG